GUCACAUGGGUUGGAAAUAGGAUCCCUGCUUUCUACUAUCUGUUCCCGUCUUUGUGGUGUCAGUGUAGUAGUAGCUGGAGGACCUGCCUUGAAGUUCAGGGACUUUUAACGCCGGCCAAAGAGCGACUCCUGCACAGACCCGGACAGACAGCCAGCCAGAGAGAGAGUCAGCCAGAGAGCCAGUCAGUCAGUCAGUCAGUCAGGCCAACAGCUCGCCGGUCUGCGCAUCCGUCCGUCUGGCUGCACUUCACCUGAGAGCCUCUUCACACUCUUUAACCACACGAUGGAUUCCUGGACAGCCACCUCUGCUCUUCUUCUCGCUGGGGUUAUUUCUGCUGCUGCUUUGAGUGUUUUCGACACCGAGUGUUACACUGCCAACGGAGAGGACUACAGGGGCUUCCAGAACCAGACCAGCCUGCAUGGUGGUAAACCCUGCCUCUUCUGGAAUGAGACCUUCCAGCACCCGUACAACACCCUCAAAUACCCCAACGGAGAGGGAGGGCUGGGCAGCCACAACUACUGCAGGAAUCCGGAUGGGGACGUUCAGCCGUGGUGCUACAUUGCAGAUCAUGAAGACGGGAUCUACUGGAGAUACUGCGACAUCCCUACGUGCCAGAUGCCUGGAAACCUGGGCUGCUUCAAAGACAGCGGCGACCCGCCCACUCUGUCCGGCAGCAGCGAAACCUCCAACAAGCUCACCAUCCAGAACUGUAUAAGCUUCUGUAGGAAGCAGAGAUACAAGCUUGCCGGCAUGGAGUCAGGAUAUGCAUGUUUUUGUGGCAACGAGGUGGACCAGCGUGACCACGGCGAGUCCCCCAGCAUGGAGUGUAACCACGUUUGCUUCGGAGACCACACCCAGCCCUGCGGCGGAGACGGCUGGGUCAUCAUCUUCGACACCCGAGUCGGGGCCUGUGGCGGGAACUACUCGGCUCCAUCAGGAGUGAUUUACUCCCCCGACUUCCCCGACAAGUACAACCCUGGCCGUGUGUGCUACUGGACCGUCCAGGUCCCCGGAGCCUACGCCAUCCUCUUCAACUUCACCUUCUUCGAGAUCUCCGACCAGACGGACAUGGUGGAGCUCCUGGACGGCUACACCAACCAGGUGGUGGCGCGCUUCGACUGGCGCAGCCCGCCCAGGGAGCUGGUGAACGUCACACUGGACUUCGUCAUACUCUACUUCUAUUCAGACCGCACCAACCAGGCCCACGGAUUCGCUCUGCUCUACCAAGCACUGAGAAGCCAGGACACCAGAACGAUGGAGGCUGAAGGAGAUGAGGAGGACAGCGAGGACGUGUCCAGCACGGCGGGGCCCCAGCUGGCUCCCGGCGUCACCGAGAGAUCCAACAGCACCUCUAACGGACGAUCCUCCCAGAUCCUCUACGUGAUCACGUCCAGCCCCAGUAAAUCGGAGCACAACAUGCCAGGUCAGUGGGCUGGACGCGGCGAGACCACCGGCCACAGCGCUAUGUGGACCAUUUACGCUCUGGCGGCUCUCCUCAUCCUGACGGUCAUAGCCAUGGUGGCCAAGCUGCUGCUGCACAUGACGGUCAAGUCUCCAAACAUCCCGACAGUGAGCGGUUCGGACAGCUGCAGCCAGGGCACGGCGUCCUCCGAGCCCUGGAUCAUCCUGUACCGGCCCUCCACCAUCUCCCUCUUCAAGAAGAAGCUAAAGAAUCACCACGGCGACCUCAGCCCGCUGGUGGGCAACUAGCGCCGCCGCUGCUCUCCACCAAAAAAAAAAACCAAACGCUUACCUACCUACCGCCACCCACAACGACUCUGUACGAGGGCCGACAGAUGCCGCUACAAGCCAAUAAUAAGUAACUGAGCAGCUAACGACAACUGACUGCUACUAAACGGCUCGUAGGGGCCCAAGGGGCCGGGCCCUCAGCAUCAAAGAGGACGGGGACAGGACGGGCUGUCAGCCACCUCAGUGCGUAGGAGUAGAUGAGGACGAUCUGCAGCUCAAAGGACGAUACGAGGACGCUUUUAACAUGCGGGGAGCUUCUCUGGCUCAGCGAGGCUCCGUUUCUAUCUCCAACAGACGUCCCUAACAAUCAGCAAACCUCCAGAAAGCUUCCAGACUGCAGCAAAAAACACUGCAGCGUUCAGUUCAGGAAGCAGGGAGGGAGGUUUGCCUCUUCUUGGUGCUUUCAGAGUCACAGUGGGAACCGAAUCUUCAUCAGCAUCAAGGAGAGGAUGAAGAAGUCUUUGAUACACACACACACUCACACACUCUUAACAGUUUUCUACGACUCUUCUUACUGCCUCGUAAGGACGACAAAAAACACGUGCAGCCAAAAAAAAAAAACAACCCAGAAUCCUCCCAUCCAAAGAUUUAUUUGUCUGUUUGAUUCCAUAUGCAAAGUGCUAAAUGUUUCUUUUUGAUGCGUUUUUCGUGACAACUAGCUUCAUGAGGAGAGGGAAACAGGACGCGGAGACGUCACGGGGAAGGUAGAUAUCACAGCACUCUGGGGAUGAAUCACUCGCCGUAAAAUGGAAAGAUCAGAGAGAACGAGAACGAGAGAGAGAGAGAGAGAGAGAGAGCUCGCCCACUCAGCUCAUGUGGAUUUGGGUGGAGAGAUAAGUAGCGUCGUUCACUGAGGGGGGGGUUGGGGGGGUUGGGUGGUGCAGUUUUGCAGACAAACUGCCAUUUAGGGAGGCUUGGGAAGAUCUGAGGGCUUUUUCUGCUGGGUUGUGGGUGGGAGUCUUUCCGGUUUGAUGGUGUUCAAGUGCCUUAAGGAUCUCCUCUUCCCUUGUCUCAGAUGCAUCACAUCUGUUUCUUUCAUGGGGUCCCUCGCAACAGUUCUGCACUUCUUUUAAAAAUCAGCGUGGAUGUGAAGAGUUUCAUUCCAAAAACAGGAUUUCCACCAAAUGUAAAGUAGAAAAAAACAGAUCUUGUACAGCGAUUCUUUUAUAAACACACUCAACUGAACACCUCUCCAGACUGGAUCUUUUACAUUUUUAUUACAUGAUGGACAUUAGAUUAUUUUCUUUGUUUUUUUGUUGUUUUUUUUUCUUCCAAAAAUGAACACAUAGCUGUUUGGGAUAGAACUCUUCAUGUAGCUUUAAAAAGAAAUCUUUGUUUCUAAUUUUCUGUCUGUGCUCUUAUGUGUAGUCUUGGACAUUUACUGAACAUAUUGUUCACAUUAAGUUGUCUUUUGAUUACUGAGGGGGGGUGAAUAUUGUUGUAUAUUAUGUAAUUCAGUGUGGGAAUGAUGAUAUU